AUGGCACCACGGGUGCUUCUUUUCGCUGGGACUUUCGACCCGAUCACGGUGGCACACAUUUUGAUGCUACGACAAUGUAUAGAAACCGAGUUCUUUGACGAGAUAUGGGUACUCCCCAGUGGUCGGCGGACAGAUAAAUCUUUCAAAGCUUCUGACGAAAGCCGUCUGGAGCAGUGCCGUAUGGUCGUUGGCGAGUUAGGAGUGCAACACCCAAAGAUCAAGGUCUGUCCAUACGAAGUUAACUUAGGACACUACAUCGACAGUUACUUUACUAUGAAGUAUUUCAAGGGGAAAUAUCCAGAUUAUGAAUUCUACUUCUUCAUCGGAUCAGACAUACUACCGCAGCUGUUGUCAUGGCCAUUUGGCAAAGAAUUCGUAGAAAUUACAAGAUUUCUUAUCGCCGAUAGGGAGGGAUACCCUAUCCGUAAAGAGGAUAUGGACAACUUGAAACAGUAUGAAUUGCUAUCAGAGCUUUUGCAGCGCAAGAGCCGAAUCAUGAAAACGUCGAAUGCAUCAUCAACACUAGUGCGACAACAGCUCGCAGAACAUGUAAAAUGCGACGAGGUAGGCACUUUGCCACCAUAUGUUAUGCAAUAUAUUUUGCGAAAUGCGCUUUAUGGGACUUAA